AUGAGUUCACCUCCGGUGCGUAAAGCCCUGGCCACUCUUCUGCGCGAUCCAGCUAAUGGAAACUGUGCGGAUUGCAAGACGGCCACACAUCCUAGAUGGGCUUCGUGGUCUUUGGGAGUGUUUAUUUGCAUACGAUGUGCCGGGUUUCAUCGCUCGCUGGGUACCCACAUCUCUAAAGUGAAGUCGGUGGACUUGGAUACAUGGCAAGAACAACAUUUGCGCAAAGUGGUGGAAUUUGGCAACAACGCACAGGCCAACGCUUGUUACGAGGCCAAGCUCGAGAACACCACACCAGACCCUUCUAAAUUGGGUGAUUUUAUCAGGAACAAGUACGAGCUGAGACGUUGGGAGGGAAGUCCACAGUCUGCUACUGCCAAAACACCAUCGGGCUUAAGCGUGUCAACGACAAACAGUACCACGACUACCACUGAUGCCAGUGCAUCGCAAGAGCUUCUUGAUAUAGUGACAUCUCCUUUAGGUGCACAAUCCAGUGGCGGUUCAAAAGCGUUCCGAAGUCGCUCUGGAACGCCGUCGCAGGUCGACCUCAAUUUGACCGCACCACCACGUACAGCGUCGCGUUCUGCUCCGCGCGAACUCAAUGGACGUCCAGACUUGAAGAAAUCGAUUCUUUCGCUGUACUCGAAGCCUCGAAAUUCGUCUGCAAGUGUCACCAGCGGGCAAAGCGGGCCAAGCUUGUAUAGCUCCGCAAACAACUCGAGCGUCUCUACCACUGAUUCAACACCAGCGGCACCGCUCGAAGACAACGAACUCUUUCAGAACGUCUGGUCGUGA